CAGCCGUUGCGUAGCCGUCACGUCGCGGUGGUAUUAAUAUCGUUUGGAUUGAGUCUCGUUUACGGAACUCUGCGUUAGCAUCUUCCGGGCUAACGGUCGCACGGGCUCGCGGCUGUUAGCUGCCUGACGUUAGCUAAUGUUCACGUAUCUUUUGUGACCUUUACCUUUUUACGAAUGGUUGAUGUAUAACGUUAUAUCGCUAUUUUUAACAGUUUGUCCUUUUUAUAAAACAUUUUUUACGGGACUGGUGGUUUGUGGUAACCUUGCUGAAAAUGUCGUGCGGGCUGUGGAAAGAGACCUUGGCCCUGGCAGAGGACUACCUGUACCUGGGCCGCACCAGCCCACGGCCGGCCCCUCCCCCUCCCAGCGAGUCAGCCGCUGCCAUGAGGCGCCUGGCCCAGGACAUGGAGACCCAGCACCAGGCUCGCUUCCACGCCCUCGCUCAGACCUUCCUCCGGCAGUGCGGGCCGGACCCCUGCUCCAGCCUCAGGAAGGUGAUGGAAGAGCUGGUGGGAGACGGACGCUUGAACUGGGGGAGGGUUGUCUCCCUUUUCGCUUUUACCGGGGUGGUGGCCAGGCAGCUGCUGGAGCAGAAGGCCACGAAGCUGGGGCUGGACCCCGGGCAGGAACUAGGACAGGAGCCCGGAAGCUGCAGGGGGCUGGCAGAGACCAUAGCAGACUACCUGGGAGAGGAGAAGAAAGACUGGCUGCUGGAGAAUGACGGCUGGGAGGGGUUCUGCAAGUUCUCCCGCGGUGCCAGAGAAGUCGAUCUGGACUCGUCCAUGAAGAAGGUGCUGUUUGCUGCCGCCGGCGUGGGCCUCGCCGGACUCACCUUCCUCCUGGUGCGCUAGCCUGCCCCCCCCCGCCCCCCCCAAACAAACGCUCGUCCAUGUUCUCAUUCCAUUUGGCACAGUAGACAUUUUGAAAUUUUAACGUCAAUGCUGCAACAAAACAGGCUUUAUCUGUAGUGAAUUCAGGGUUGUAUCUCACAUCAUCAACUGAAUGUUUGCACACUCAGACACCCCCCCCCCUCACGCACACGCACACACACACUAAUACUGGCAUCUCAUCAUCCAUUCCUUACGAUUGUAAAUUAUCUCACUGCCUUCAAACAUUUAGGAGAAAAUGAUUUCCGCUUGCAUAUCAGACCGUGAAAUUAAAAAAAGCACAUGUUUCUGGAUACUCUUCUUGCGCUUUUUGUAUUUUCAGCUGUGCAGCUAAAAGACUUCAAUUUUCACACAGCUUUUGAUUUAAAAAUGGUCAGCUGCCUUUUUGUUCAUGUGUUUAUGUAGUAUAAAGCCAUUCUAGUGUACAAUGUAUAAAUUAAUAUAUUAUAUUUAUAUGAAAUGAAACUAAGCCGCCCCCUUUUUCUAACCGAUCCACAGCUGAUUCUGUCGUUUCAUUUAGUUUUCAAUCGACUGAGUCAGUUUUACACGGAUCAGCAGCUGAAUCCGCUCAACACACCACGGUGCUGUGAUGUGUUUCUCAUAUCAACCCUAACCAACAGGGGACCAAUCUGACAUUAAGCAGACUAGUAGAACAAACUUGCUAUGGCACCCCCUCCCCCCCCAAAAAAAUCCUGUAAACAUUAUAUUUUUACAUUCUUUUGGUUUAUUUAUUUGUCACUGUUUUUAUAAUAAAAAGGAAGCAACUAUUG